UCUCCUUUCCAUUCUGUCCCUGUUCCUUUCGUCCGUUUGCGCUUUUUGCUCUUCCAACUCUAUCUCCAGUUGGUUAGGCGAUGCGGAUUCUCGUUGCUUUUCGUCUGUCUGAGGCCUUUUUUUCCGUUGACAGAAAGUUUAGCAGAGAGUCUGGCUUCCCCUGGGGUAGGGAGGGGGUGCCUCCUGAUAUAUUAUUUUGAUUGAUAACGGAAUAUCGGUAGCUUGUACACCGCCUGCGGUGGGAAUUUGGUAUUUUGGUACUUGAGCUUUUUCCUCUGUUGGGGUUCGAUUCUUAUUAUUUCAUAAGGGAGUUUUUUUGUGUUACAUACAAAUAUCACUCUUGCAUUUGUGCCUUGUUCUUGUGAUUCUGAUGGUUGAAUUGAUGAGAGGAUCCAUCGGCCCGUGUGUGCGUGUUCAAGGGGGUUCAGGAGGAGAAGUUGCGUGGUCUAAUUGCGUAAUAGUUCUAAACCUUAUGGAGGGUUUUGAUUGGAUUAAUUUGAAGAUCAAUAUGUUUAGCGUUUUUCUCCUUGGUCCAUUAUAGACGCUACGGUUUUACCCUUGAUCUAUUCAAUUAAAGAUGGUGGUGCCGCUAAAUAUGUGGGUUCUCAUCUCCAAUUUUAAGUUGGCCUACAAUCUCCUCCGUCGUCCUGAUGGCACUUUCAACCGGCACCUGGCGGAGUUUCUUGACCGGAAAGUUCCAGCCAAUGCCAACACUGUCGAUGGGGUUUUCUCCUUUGAUGUUAUUGUUGACCGUGAAACCAAUCUCCUCAGUCGAAUUUAUCGACCUGCUGAAGGAGAAGAGACUCGUGUGAAUAUUGUUGACCUUGAGAAGCCUGUGACAGCCGAGGUUCUACCUGUCAUCAUAUUCUUUCACGGUGGAAGCUUUGCCCAUUCCUCUGCCAAUAGCGCGAUAUAUGAUACUCUAUGUCGCCGACUGGUGGGCAUUUGCAAGGCUGUUGUUGUCUCAGUGAACUAUAGGCGUGCACCUGAAAACAGGUAUCCUUGUGCAUACGAUGAUGGGUGGGCAGCUCUCAAAUGGGUUAGUUCUAGAUCAUGGCUUCAGAGUAGGAAGGACCAGAAAGUUCACAUAUACCUCGUGGGGGAUAGCUCCGGCGGGAACAUCGUCCACCAUGUUGCCAUGAGAGCCGUGGAAUCUGGAAUGGAAGUAUUGGGAAACAUACUGCUCAACCCAUUGUUUGGUGGGAAAGAAAGAUCUGAGUCUGAAAAGCGUCUAGAUGGAAAAUAUUUUGUUACAAUCAAAGAUCGGGACUGGUAUUGGAGAGCUUUUCUGCCGGAAGGGGAAGAUAGAGACCAUCCGGCAUGUAACCCAUUUGGUCCUAAGGGCAAAAAUCUUGAAGGGAUUGCCUUUCCAAAGAGCCUUGUUGUGGUAGCUGGGUUGGAUCUUGUUCAGGACUGGCAGGUGGCUUACGCGAAAGGGCUUGAGAAAGCUGGGCAAGAUGUGAAGUUGCUAUUCCUGGAGCAGGCCACAAUUGGAUUUUACUUGUUGCCAAAUAAUGAGCAUUUCUCUACGGUCAUGGAUGAGAUAAGAAAUUUUGUGAGCUCAGACCGUUCGUAGGCUAGACUUUUGCCAAUACACAUAACAGACGGAGUUUAGCAGUAAGUGUAGGUACACUACUUACUUUUUUUGUGUAUCGUGGUUUCUAAGAACCCUGCUGCACCUAUGAUGUGGUACGUAAUUGUGGUUCUGGUAUUUAAUGUCUGGGAUUGGCUUAAGUGGCAGUGUAACCAGCAUAUAGCUGUAUGUUUUCCGGUGCACAUCGUCUGGAAUUGGGUGAUGAUGUAGAUAGGUGAAAGUUACGACCAAGUUUAUGGGAAGGAACCACUAGGAUUAUGAUUUAACCAAUCUGACUUCCAGCCAAAAAGGGGGAGGAAGACAGUUAUCUUGGGCGUGACCUCGAUGCCCAACCAGUGGGGCUUGUCGCCUGCCUAAUGUGUUAUAUAUAUACAUAUAUAUAUUUGCUAAUUUUGGAACACCAAUAGGGCAAGUUUUAAUGAUAUUAUGGUCCUGUAUGUUUACCCGUCUAUGCUAUCUUCAUAUAAGUGCUUGUUGAAUGCCUCUCCCGUAUAUAGCUAAUUCUACGUUCUCCUGAGUCAAUGGGUUGCCCUUGUUCGACGUUUAACAGUCCUUGCAAAUAUAAUUGGGAUAUACUACUCCUGUGCAAGUCCAAGUCCUGUGUGUGGGUGAUGCAUACCUGUGAAGAAGUGGAGGCUUAUAGCUUCCAAUGCUCGCACCCUGCUAGUGGCAAACCCGACCAUUUUGGGAUGUCAUUCACGUCAUAAUCUUACGAAUAUAAUGUGAUCUUUGGGGAACUACUCUUUCUGCGUUUCCCUACAUGUGUUUAUGGAAA